CUCCUUCUGCCCUUCCUGCAUGACUCUCACUGACUCUGUUUGGACUGGCACUUUGCAGAAGGAGCUGCGAAUCGACAGGUACACUCUACUGAUCAACAGGUGCUGGUAGAAUCAUGGCCCCAAAUCUCAACAUGGUGCUGAUGAUGCUAUUGGCCGUCACCACGGUAACGGUUCUGGCCCAGAAGCGGCGCCCGGCAUCAAAGCCGAAAGUCACCACGGACGAGUGGAACUUCAGGGAUGGCUCUGAUAAGGUGAACAUGCGCGGCGUUGCUAACCUGACUCAGAUCCUUGACGACUGGAGGUUCGACAUCCUGAGCCAGAUGAGAGGACUCCUGCAGAACGACCACCAGUCUGUGCUGCCCGACUACGCCAGGAUCCAGCCGCUGUCUGAGGCUUUAAACGACCUCUACACGGAGUUCAAUGCCCUCAAAGCUCACCUGGGCGACCUGACCGAGAAGUUCGGCGCCAUUGAAACCUUCAUUGACGAGGUCAAGGCAAGCCGCACCACCAACACCAACACCAACGCUGACGCAGGCUCCGCCCCCAGCGGGGGCAUCGUCCCCGUCGUCAGGCAGGGCGGGAGGAGGGUGAUAAAGAAAAAGCCAACGACUUCCUAAACAGCCAAAAUUAUGUUUGUUUCUUCUUCUCAGGCUUUCUUAUCUCUGUGUCCUGAUCCUCCUUUAAUUUCAUUGUUAUCACAUGUUAUACAAAUAUUGUACCAAGGCACUCCCAGUUUAAAACAUCUGGAUAUAUUAAGUUGAGCUUGGCAUGUUGCUGACAUCAACUUAAUAUUCGUUUUUUGAUAUAUUGUGAUAUUUUCUCGAAAUACAUAUUGUUUUUCUGUUAUGCAUUUUUAAUUACCUGUAGGCCUACACAACGUGGUACAAUUCACAAUUGGUUUAAAAACAUAUAUUUGGUCCUUCCAUUAAAUAGGAAAAAAAUCUUAGUAAUUGUGUGCAUGACAUUGACAUUUAGGAUGCAUUUUGGAUUACAUUACAUUGGAUGCAUUGCAUUGUGGGAUUAUGAGAAGAAAACUGUCCAUGCCAUGAUCACAUUGUAGAUUCUU